AUGGCCACUGCACUUGGGCCGACGGCCACACCGGCCUCACCAAGUACACCAGUAGCCGGUCCGUCACAGUCGCCUACAAGCUCGGCAACGCCAAGACCGUUCGCUCCACCCGACCAGCAGCGGGCCUUGGCGACAACGGGUGCGCUCGAGACGCACACCGACGAGCUUCCACGAGUCGUUCCGACCGCCGCAGUCAUCGACACGAGCUCACAUGCCGACGUGCACGUCCUCCCCCGUCGGUUCCUGGGGCCGAUGCCGCAGAAUGUCGUCAACUCUGAAGGCACGCUGCGGCGCCGCCAACGCAUGCACGACGUGCGACGCAAGGCGAUGCGCAAGCUGCUGGGCACGACCGACGAGGACGAGCUGCUGGGGAUCGACGAGGGCGUCGACGAGCGCGGCGUACCCGGGCGCCGGCGCAAGGCGGUCCACCGCUUCCGUGUGCGAUACAGGAACUUGACCGACGACCUGCUGCGCGAGCAAGACGUUGACGUCAACGAGAGCGAUAGCCCGAGCGAUACAAGCAGCGAAGACGAGGAGCGCGGAGGGUUUUUGUGGGGGGGUGGGAAGCAGAAGAGUCCGAAGAAGGGCGACAAGAAGGACAAGAAGAAGAAGAAGAGGCUGCACAAGGACGUCUGGAUCGGCGGCAGCUUCGAUAUCGGUCGCGAGUUCAAGACGGUGGCGGGCCACGGCGCGCCAGACGCCGGCGUAACGCAUGAGACGGGGCCUGACGCAGAAGCACCGGAUAGGCCAACGAUCGAGGAGGCAGCGGACGACCCGGACGGCGCGGAGAAGAUGGCAGCGGCGCAGCUGGGCGACUCGGGCUCGAAGCUGCAGGUGGCAACAGCUGGUGGAUCCAGGCCGUCGUCGCCGGGACCGUCAACGCCUACGAAACCCGCGACGCUAUUCGGUCCGCCGCUGGCAGAAGCAUCCUCGUCACGGCGAGGAAGUCGAGGCAGCACGCUGCUAUCCCAGUCGCAGUCGACCUCGGUUCGCUCGGGCCAGUCAUCGGGCGUAGAGACGUUUGUCACUGCCCACUCGCAUACCGACAAUGCCGACGACGACGACGACGACGACGACACGUCGAGCUUCAUCGCCCACAUUCCGCCGCCUGUGCCUUCCGGCCCUCAGCCACAGCCGAGCCCGCCACAGGGGAGCCAUGGCGGAUUAAGAACGGCGUCCGAGGGGUCGUUACUACAAAACUACCCGUCGCAGGCGUCGAGCAGCCAGGCGCUCGUCGCUGGUUCUGGGACCCACCCUGAGCAUCACCGUCGGGCGAGCAAGAUCGCAGCGAGCUUGUCCGACGGUAGCAAGCGCUUGCGCUCGGCAAUCAGGAAGAGCGGCGGCGCGCCAGAGUCAGCGUCGACGUCCAGACCCAAGCUUGCGCACUCCAAGACGGUGCAAUUCCCCGCCGACCCAGCGACAAUCCUCCCACCCGGCGACGCCGUUGUGCGCCAAGGCAACAAGGCGCCGGCUGAUCCUGUUGCUGUGCUCACGCGCACGGCUCCGGAGGGUACCAGUGCCGACGCACAGCAGGAUCUGUUGAUCGACACGGACGACUUCAUGCCCGGCGGCAUCGUCAUGCGCGACCGAGUGCUCGUCAAGGUUGGGCGGCACCAGGCUGACCGCCUAGGAGCGUUCGAUGAGGCGCACCAGCGCCGCAAUCCAUGCUUCCGCUUGGAAGACAUGGAAGAGUAUGUCGUCGCCAUGACGAUGACCUCUGUCGACUUUUACCAGGACUGGCGCUUCCACUUCCAAGAGAAGCUGAAGGGCUACAAGCGUCUCGUCUACUCGGUGCCUCUGUCACGCCCUACAGUUCUAUCAGUCUUCAACCCACGCGACUUGACCCUCUGCCUCACUUGCGACUGGAAGACGAUUGUGCGCCAGACGGCCCGCAACAUUGACAGAAACACUCGCAAGUCGACAGGGGUUUGGGAGCGUAUCCGGCAUAGUGUGGCCGCCGACGUUGUCGGCAUGGAGCGGCACGGCUCAGCUGCGCUUAUUGUCAAGUUUGGCGAGAAGUCCCGCGCGCUCGACUGGCACUGGUACCUGAUGGGCCAGCUCGACUACCGACUUCCACCACAGAUUGACAUUCGAAUUCCAGCGCUGCUGACGUCUGUGCGCGUGCCGAUUCCCGAGGAGAACGCUACGAGCGCGAUCAAUCGCGAUACCAUUAUCAAGGGGGCAUGGGAGCUCAUCUUAUCGGACAACCAGGCGACGGACAUCCUCAAGCAGCUGAAAAAGGUGCCGAGGCCAGAGCUCGCAUGGAAAAACCAUGACGCGACGCUCGACUGGAUCGCGUACCCGACCUCAGUGACGGGCAAACGCCGCGAGUGGGCCGUGUUGGCAAGCUUUGCGGAGUGCGGUAAGCACUCGAAUCUCCAAGUCCGCGACGCGAGCCACCACGCCGUGACGGUCAAGCUGGAUGACGGGACCCAGAUCGCCGAGCCGCCUGGCCUGGAAGGGUAUCUCAUCCGACACGCCAGCGACGUCUCGCGCAAGGAGGCAGUGUACAUCUCGACCAACGACGGCGCGGCGUUCAUCUCGUCUCCUAAGCACGCCCACCCGCCGUUACACCCCAAGCGGGAGGGGUCGACACCAGCGGAUGUGUUCCCCGAGGUUUUGAAGACUUUCCUCGCGGGUGAGCACCGGCGCAUGGCCCAGUUCAUAGAGGGGUGUGCCGGAGCAAUCGACCUCAGAGAUAUCAAGUCGAUCGAGAUGGUGAACACUGCGAGCCAAGACGUGGCCGCCGCUUCACCCGAAUCCCCGGUGUCUCCCACGACCAACCUCGCCCUGCGACGGACGAGAACGGAGCACAUAGGCCGCAAGGUGGUGAAGAAGGCGGGAAAGAAGGCCGAGCGCGAGUUCAAGGUCACCCUCGAGGCCGGUGCUCAUAUUCGUUUCGAGGCUCACUCGCCUGCCGACGCCGAGGAGUGGGUUGAACGCCUCACCGCGCUUGUCGACUACUGGAAGCACCGGCACCGGGUCGAUGCCCGACAGCGUAUGGACGCAGUUCAGCGGUACGGCGGUGGCAAGCUGUCGUUCCAGAACGAAAUGGACUUUGACGCCGAGGCGUCGCUCGACGACGUGUGGAACUGGUGUGUCAUUGAGGGGUGCCGUGCGAUCACCAACUCGGGGAGAAUCUUCAUCAAGCAGUCGCAGUACAAGAAGUUCAAGUCGUUCUUCGUGUGCUUGACUUCGGGUUGUCUCGUGCUGUUCCGAAUGCGCGGGGGUGCGGGGUUGCGACCGAGGCAGCUGGUGUACCCGCUGUUCGGUGCCUAUGUUUAUUCCGGCCUCCUGGCGCAAGAGGAGCUCACCGACCUUCCCCGGGAAGCCGCGUUCAACCCUUCGACGCGGAUCUACGGGGACGGGCUGCAGACGACGGACGUGGUAGAGGACUGCAGCUUUGCAGUGCGGAUAACGUGGCCUUCAACGGGGCAUAAACACAAGGCGGCGACGCAGCCGUGGGACGAGUGUGCGGACGACGAGGCGGGAACGAGCAAGGGCAAGGCGAAGGGCAGCAGCUUCAUCCCGCCGGCACUCACCAACAAGCCGCCGACGCUGCUCAUCUUCCGCGCGCGGUGCAAGCUCGAGCGCGACCGCUGGGUGUGGGCGAUCAACGCCGAGAUGGAGCGGCAGGCGCGGUCGCACAUCCGUGAGGAGGAAGUGCUCCGCAACCACGGCAACCUGCCGAGACGGUCGACACUGCAGCAUGCCCUGUCGAGCCGGUCUGCGCGCAGCGGCCAGGGGAGCGUGAUAACAUAUUCAUGACAACGUAUUCAUAAUCUCAUAUUUGCAUUGUAGUAG